AUGGCGCGUAAAUCUUCCCUUCUCAAACGAGCCGCGUUCGCCGUUGUCUCCGUCAUCGCCAUCUACGUAAUUCUCAACGCCUCCGUGAGUCGUUCGCUCCCUUCUUCAUCCGAUCUCCCCCGCCAGCUCAUGCGCGAAGAAUUCGAUGAGGGACGAGCUCAGAUUCAGCCUAUGGUUAGGGUUUACAUGUACGAUCUCCCCAGGAGAUUCACUUACGGCGUCAUCGAGCAGCACGCCAUCGUCCGCGGCGGGAUCAAGAAGCCAGUCGAUGACGUCACCAAGCUCAAGUACCCGGGUCACCAGCAUAUGCACGAGUGGUACCUUUUCUCGGAUCUGAACGGACCCGAUGUGGAUCGAUCCGGGUCUCCGAUUGUCCGGGUCUCGGAUCCUGCCGAAGCUGACCUCUUCUACGUCCCGGUGUUCUCUUCCCUCAGCCUAAUCGUGAAUGCGGGCCGCCCCGUCGAAUCCGGAUCCGGUUACAGCGACGAGAAGAUGCAGGACGGGUUGAUAGAUUGGCUCGAGCAUCAAGAGUGGUGGAGGAGGAACGCCGGGCGAGACCACGUGAUUCCCGCCGGAGAUCCGAAUGCCUUGUAUCGGAUCCUGGACCGGGUCAAGAACGCGGUUCUGCUCGUGGCGGAUUUCGGGAGGCUGAGGCCUGAUCAAGGAUCGUUCGUGAAAGAUGUCGUCAUACCUUACUCUCACAGGGUCAAUCUCUUCAAUGGCGAAAUCGGAGUAGAGUCUCGCAACACAUUGCUCUUCUUCAUGGGCAAUCGAUAUCGCAAAGACGGUGGAAAAGUUCGUGAUUUGUUAUUCCAAGUUCUUGAAAAGGAAGAAGAUGUGACGAUAAAACAUGGAACACAAUCCAGAGAGAACCGAAGAGCUGCUACGAAAGGAAUGCAUACGUCAAAGUUCUGUCUAAAUCCUGCCGGUGACACACCGUCCGCUUGCAGACUCUUUGACUCCAUAGUCAGUUUGUGUGUGCCUGUGAUUGUCAGCGAUAGCAUUGAGCUACCUUUCGAAGAUGUUAUAGACUACAGAAAGUUUUCGAUUUUUGUUGAGGCUAACGCGGCUCUGAAGCCUGGAUCUUUGGUUAAGAUGCUGAGGAAAAUCAAAACUGAGAAGAUACUGGAGUAUCAGAGAGAGAUGAAAUCGGUAAGAAGGUAUUUUGACUAUGAGAACCCAAAUGGAGCAGUGAAAGAGAUAUGGCGCCAAGUCUCUCAGAAGCUACCGCUCAUCAAGCUAAUGAGUAACCGCGACAAACGCCUCGUCACAAGAAACGCAACGGAACCAAACUGCUCAUGUUUAUGCACUAACCAAACUGGUCUCGUCACUUCCAUAUAA